AUGAGUAAGCGAUUAGUACAAAUUUAUGAUAGUACGGAUGCACCAAAGAUGGCAGCGCCCAUGAAAACAUGUUUGUUAAAUUCAAGAAAAUACCCAUUUUCUUGGAUUGCGUGCAGAUAUUAUGCUCGCAAAAGAGGGCACAAUAUACGAGAAUUUAUUUCACCCGAAGAAGAUGUACAGAAGCUAAAGGGAAGGGUAAGAGAUCCAAAAAUGAAUGCCUACCUGCCAUACAAUCCCGAUGACCCGGUCCAGGAAAGUCACAGCAUAGCUGCUAAGCGGACUAAGGAAAAUUAUUUAAGGAACAAAAUCAACGAAACAGGAUUUAAAAUAAAUGAAAACGUGACCAAGGGAUAUAGAAAGACUGAAAGGGUGUCGAAGGGAAAUAAAAGUGCUCCAAAUUUUUCUGGUAAAGAUGAACAUGAUCAAGACAGCAUUAGUUUUGAAAAACUUGAGGAGGCAGACAAAAGAUUUGGGCGACUUAUUAUGGCAGCAAGAAGUAAAAAGAAAAGAGAUGACAGUAAAGAAAUUGUUCUUGAGGGAAAACUUCUUAUUAAAGAUGCUCUUGAAGUUGGUGCCAAAUUGAAAGUGCUUUACUUUACAAAGAUGGAUUUAGUAGAAGAAUUGCCUACUGAGCUGCUUGGUAAAGCUAAACUUUACAAAGUCUUAUACAAACAUCUUAAACUCUGGUCGGACGUCGAGACCCCACAAGGUUUACUAGGAAUCUUUGAAAUGCCAACUAAAGCUUUAAGACCGAUCUCCAACCCGAUACCACUAACGUUGAUCUGUGAUUCAGUACGGGAUGGUGGUAACCUCGGCACCCUGAUACGAACUGCAGCAGCUGUAGGUUGUCAGAAGGUCAUAGCACUGAAAGGAUGUGUUGAUAUAUGGAAUGGCAAGGUUCUUAGAUCAGCAGCAGGAAGUCAUUACAGGAUACCAAUCAUGAGCAACAUAACAUGGUCCCAGGUACCAGCCAUCUUACCCCCAGCAGACAAUAUCAAAGUAUAUCUUGCAGACAGUAAUCAGAUUGCAACUGAACAAAGCCUCGAUGAAACCAUGGCAACAAGAAAUUCCAUGGCAAUGCAGGAGAUAGAACAAACUAAAGAUUAUGAAUUGUCUGAUGUAGAAAGUGAUGUUGAUGAUGAAGACGAUGACUAUGAUGAUUAUAAUGUUGAUGAAGAUGGUGAAAUUAGUGCACAGAAAAACAGUGAAAAAUUGACUGAAGAAAUUGAAGAUGAACCAUCUUACAGAAGUUUCAAAGUUCUUAGUGCUUACAAAAAUGCUCCAAUAAACAACAUAGUAUAUGACAAGGUAGAUUAUAGUAACAAACAUACAGUGUUAGUGAUCAGUGGAGAGACCUCAGGUUUAUCAUUACCUGCCAAAAAGUUAGCCUACGAUCAUUUUGGUGAGUGUGUUCACUUACCUAUGACAGGCGGAGUUGAGAGCUUGAAUUGUGCUAUAGCAGGAAGUAUUGUAAUGUAUGAGGUAGCUAAGCAGCAUAGGAAGGUCAGUGGUUCAACAUCAGAAGAUGAAUGAAAACUAAAUGAAAAGAAUUAAGCCAUUUCUGUAAUAAGAUCAUACAUAUUUUGUUUCAAAAUUAUGAAUGUAUAACAAGUUAUUAUUUUACUUUUGUUGAGUGAUUAAGGUAGAUGUCUUCAGAUCAAUUUCAUCUCUUAUCUUCUGAGCUCUGUGACUUGAAAUCCCACUAGGGCAAAAUGGAAGCUAUCCAGCUUUAUAGUGUUAUGACAAGUUUUCAUCAAAUAUUGGUAUGAAAUAAA